UAAGGGGAGACCUGAUGGUUCCUCAAAAUUUGGAUGGUGGUGAACAUGCUUAAAUAGGAACGAACCACUAUACGUCUCCACUCAAGAAUCAAGAUGAUGGUUUUACUCUAGCAGAGAUAAAAGAUUAGAAAUAGGAGAAGAUGAUGAGGUUCAGUGAUGGCGUUGUUCCACUCCUCCUUCUCUGUGCCUUGGUUUGGAGUUGCUCUGAGACUGUUCACUGCCGGAACCAAACCCUCCCUCAAAGUGAAGUGGAAGCGCUAAAGAAAAUAGGGGCAAAGUUAGGUAAGCAUUGGGACUUCUCGGUGAACCCAUGCAGUGGGACCUCCGGUUGGGUGGAACCCUCCAAAUCCAACUGGUAUGGGAUGGCCAAUGUCACGUGCGGCGCAUGCCAAGCCAAUAACUGCCACGUCACCAGCAUCAUCCUCUGGGGCCAAAACCUCACAGGUUCCCUCCCCGAUGAGCUUUCUAAUCUCACCUCCCUCCAAGUCAUAAAUCUCAGUUUCAAUUAUCUUAAUGGCACUAUCCCUGCCGCAUGGGCUUCAACCCCUCUUACCAACCUUUACCUUGGAGCAAAUCGCAUUACUGGACGAAUUCCUGAUGAGCUUGGCAGAAUCACCACCCUUAAAAACUUAUAUUUGGAAAGUAACUUGAUUGAAGGCCCACUUCCACAAUCUCUUGGCAAUCUAACAAAUUUGCUUCGACUCUACCUUGCAGCAAAUAACAUCACUGGGAAGUUACCAGAGUCAUUGGGUAAUCUGAAAAACAUUACUUACUUCACAAUUGGUGGCAAUCCCAUCACUGGCAAAAUUCCUGGUUUCAUUGGAAAUUGGACACAACUGUAUACAUUAGAGAUGCAAGGCACCUCCUUGGAAGGCCCUUUUCCUCCCAUCUCUAGAUUGGGAAACAUAGAGAGCCUGGAAGUUUCUGACCUGAAAGGAGGUGAUGGGAAGUUUCCACCAUUACAAAACAUGACAUAUCUGUACAGAUUGGUUUUGAGAAACAUGUCAAUAACUGAUGAACUACCUACUUAUAUUGGGAAUACGACAAUACCUGAAUACUUAGAUUUGAGUUUUAAUGCCUUGACUGGAAAGAUUCCAGACAGCUUAAAAGGAGUCCUGCCGAACCUUAUAUAUUUAUUUCUUAACAAUAACAAGCUAACAGGAGCAAUACCAGAGUGGAUCUUGACAAGUGCACAAAAUAUUGAUAUAUCUUAUAACAGUUUUAACGCAUCCAAUGCACCAACCGAUUGCUCUUCAGGCUUUGUGAAUAUGGUAUCUAGUUAUUCAUCAACAGAUAAUAAAUCGAUAAAUUCGUGUUUAAGGAGGAAUAACCCCUGCUCUUCUAUACCAGAAAAUUAUGAGUUGUUUAUAAACUGUGGUGGCCACAACAUGAUGGUUGAUGGGAAUGAGUAUCAAGAGGAUAUUGACGCUCAAGGGGAGUCAUGUUACAAAUCUUAUGAAGAAAAAUGGGCUUAUAGCUCUACCGGUUAUUUCAUGGGAUCAGGCCAAUCAUACAUUGCAAACAAUGUGUCACCUAUAGUAGGCCCAUCCAAUGCUAUUAAUGAAUUGUACACAAGUGCUCGACGCAGCCCCCUCUCACUUACAUACUAUGGCCUCUGCCUUAUGAAUGGAAAUUAUACAGUGAACCUACACUUUGCUGAGAUAAUUUUCACUGAUGAUCAGACUUAUUUCGCUGUAGGAAGGCGCUUCUUUGAUGUGUCUAUUCAGGGCGAGACGGUCUUGGAGGACUUCAAUAUUGCAAAAGAAGCUAAUGGGACAGGUCGGGCUAUCAUCAAGAGCUUCAAUGCUACGGUAAAUAGCAACACUUUGGAGAUUCACUUGCAGUGGGCUGGGAAAGGUACCAGGAACAUUCCUCUAUCUUACGGAGCACAUGGACCUUUAAUUUCAGCUAUUUCAGUUAAACACAACUUUAAGCUGGAUACCGGUGAAAUUCAUGAGUCACCACCAAAAGGGACCAUUUUGGGCACUGUGGCUGCUGGUUGUCUGGUGAUCGUCUUGGUCUCAGUAUUCAUCUUCUUUUUCUUGAGAAGAAAAAAUGCUGAAAACCAUGAACUUCAAGGCCUGGAGUUGCAUACUGGAAUUUUCACCUUAAGGCAGAUCAAAGCUGCAACCAGGAACUUUGAUCAUGCAAAUAAGCUAGGAGAAGGUGGUUUUGGACCAGUUUACAAGGGUGUUCUGCCAGAUGGUUCUCAGAUUGCUGUGAAGCAGCUUUCUUCAAAGUCUAGUCAAGGAAAUCGCGAAUUUAUAAAUGAGAUAGGGAUAAUAUCUGCUCUACAGCAUCCCAAUCUUGUCAAACUUUGUGGCUGUUGCGUUGAGGGAAAACAGUUAUUUUUGAUCUAUGAAUUCAUGGAAAACAACAGCCUCGCAAAUGUUCUUUUCGGUCUUGAAAAAGAAAGACUAAAAUUGGAUUGGCCAACGAGGCAUAGAAUUUGCCUGGGCGUAGCUAGAGGCUUGGCAUAUCUCCAUGAGGAAACAAGGUUGAAAGUUGUUCACAGAGACAUAAAGGCAACUAAUGUGCUGCUAGAUAAAGAUCUCAAUGCAAAAAUAUCAGACUUUGGUCUGGCUAGACUUUCUGGAGAAGAUGUAACCCACAUAAGCACUCGGAUUGCUGGGACCAUAGGAUAUAUGGCACCAGAAUAUGCAAUGAGAGGUUACCUGACGGACAAAGCAGAUGUUUACAGCUUUGGAGUGGUCUUAUUGGAGAUUGUCAGUGGGUUAAGCAACAUUAACUACAAGCCAGAGGAAGACCGUGUGCAUCUUCUUGAUUGGGCUAAUAUUCUAAGAAAGCAGGGCAGGUUAGUUGAACUUGUUGACAAAACUCUUGGUCCAAACUACUCAGAGGAAGAGGCAGUGAUGCUGUUGAAUUUAGCUCUGAUAUGCAUCAGCUCUUCUGCAUCUCUUAGGCCUACAAUGACGGAGGUGGUGAACAUCAUUGAAGGCAAGAAGUCUGUGCCAGUGGUAUCCAAGAAGGGCAAAGGCUCAGAUAGUGGUCUCAGCACUUGGCUUGAGGCCUUUGAGAAACUCUCUGACAGCGAUAGCGAGUUGGUGAGUUCAUCAACAUGCCAUGAGCCGUGGACAGAGUCUUCAGCGACUGCCUAUGUUGAAGACAAAGAGGACACCUGGGUUUCGGCGACUAGCAAGGGCAUUUUUGAUUACUCCGAAAUAGGAGCACUAAGUUAAGUUAAUGGAGAGAGACCAAAGUUUAUAUAUUUAUAUAUGUAUUUAUUAAAUUUAUAAAUAUGUGACUAUUAAUUAAUUAUAUAUGUAAUAUAUGUACUUCCUUUCACAUGUUAGUAACAUUCAAUGGUUGACAAACCAAAUUUAUUUA